AGUAUAUAAAUGGCCACAUAAACCUAGAUUAAAACAUAAACUAUUCAGACUUCAAAACAGUCUAAACACACAACAGCAACACAGACCUCUUUGUCGUUUCUUUUCUUCGUAAGCUUCAAUAAAAAGGAUAAUCAAAAUGUUCAAAUUGGUGGUGUUGUCUGCUCUCUUGGCCGUAGCUGCUGCUCGUCCCGGUUACUUGGCUGGUCAUGGUCCUGUGCUUGUGGCUGGUCCUACCCAUGUCAUUCAUGAGCCUGCCUAUGCCAAAGUUGGUGCCAUUGUCAAAUCCGUACCCACUGCCGUGUCGCAUCAAUCCAUUAGCCAGGUCCACAGCUCAGCUCAUGUUGUGCAACCCAUUGUGGCACCGGUAAUUAAGACCACUUAUGCUGCAGCUCCCUUGGCCCUGCAUGCCAGUUAUCAUGCUCCAGUUUUGCCUUUGGCCCAUGGCUAUGCUCAUCCCUGGUAAACAAGGAAGACUCACGCUGAUAGAAGGGGUGUUGUAUGGAUCUGUUAUGGCUAUGGACUUAAAUUCUCCCAACUUUGGCCUAUCCUGCCCUAGUUGUAAUCCGGUACUGAACAGUUGGACAUGAUGUCGUUUUUUCCACUACCACAACCACAUGGAUCACAUACUGUUUCGCCUAAGCUACUACACUGCUCUUUCCGAUCCAUCAUUGCCAUAAAAUCAUGUUCAUUUGUCAUAUUUUAAUAUAUUCUUUUUAUUUGUAUAUACCUUUUGUAUUUAUUAUGUUUAUCCUCAUAUUUUAUCGCCCUCUACCCUCCCCACAAACUUUAGUGAAUGUACGUUUGUUCUUUAAAAUAUUUCCAAAAAAUCCGAAAUUUUCAUAUUUUUUUAUCCAAAAAUCCUUUUGACUGAUAAUACAAUAAUUUUUUUUGUCAUAAAGAAAAAUAAAAAUCAAGAAGAUUUGUAAAAA